AAAAAUAUCGCAGGGUUUUGCGAACCAAAACCCCCCUCUGCUCCUCCUCCAGCUGCAUCGCCAUCCCCCAGAGGCUAAUCCGAAGAACCCUUCUCCUCUCGUACCCAUGGACCCAAGGCUGCUACUUUCCUCCCAGAGAACAUCCCCUCCCAGCCCUUUCCUUCUCUUCCUCGCCCACCCGUCCUCUUCUCAGUCAUAUCUCCACAAGCCCACCGUUACCCCUAGAGCCCAUCUCUCCUUUCCCCUCCUUUCACCUCAAAAUUCCUCCUUUUUGGGUAAAAAUCUCGUCGUUCAUGAGAACAAGCUAGGAUUAGGGCAGAAGAAGACACCUUUGUCCUUUACUCCCGUAAGAGCCGUUGUCAAGAGAAGAAAGGAGAUGCCUUUUGAUACUGUAAUCCAACGGGACAAGAAGCUGAAGCUGGCUCUGAAGAUCAGGAAUAUUCUUGUCAAGCAGCCUGAUAGGAUAAUGAACCUUAGAGACCUCGGCCGAUUCAGGAGAGACCUUGGUCUCACUCGGAAGCGCCGGUUCAUUGCGCUCUUGAAGCGUUUUCCAGGUGUUUUCGAGAUUGUGGAGGAAGGUGUCUACUCGUUGAAGUUUAGAAUGACGCCCGAAGCUGAAAGGAUUUAUUUGGAGGAGUUGAGGUGGAGGAAUCAGAUGGAGCAGUUGCAUGUAGUGAAGUUGAGGAAAUUGCUGAUGAUGUCACUCAACAAGCGGAUUCUUAUAGAGAAGAUUGCUCAUUUAAAAACUGAUCUUGGCCUUCCAGCGGAAUUCAGGAAUACGAUUUGUGAAAGGUACCCACAGUACUUCAAGGUCGUGCCAACGGAUUGUGGCCCAGCACUGGAGCUGACUCAUUGGGAUCCCGAGCUAGCAGUUUCAGCAGCAGAGAUGGCUGAGGAAGAGAAUAGGAUCAGAGAGAUUGAAGAGAGAAAUUUGAUCAUUGAUAGGCCUCCCAAGUUCAAAAGGGUUAAGCUUCCAAGGGGUUUGAAUGUUUCGAAGGGAGAAAUGAGGAGAAUUUGUCAGUUUAGAGACAUGCCUUAUAUAUCCCCUUACUCUGAUUUCUCAGAGUUGAGGGCUGGUACCCCUGAGAAGGAAAAGCAUGCUUGUGGGGUGGUUCAUGAGAUAUUGAGCUUCACCCUUGAGAAGAGGACAUUGGUGGAUCACCUCACGCAUUUUAGGGAGGAGUUUCGGUUCUCGCAACAGCUGAGGGGGAUGCUGAUUAGGCACCCAGAUAUGUUCUAUGUGUCACUUAAGGGGGACAGGGAUUCAGUGUUCCUCCGUGAAGCUUAUCGUGAUUCUCAAUUGAUUGAGAAGGACAGGUUGUUGCUUCUGAAGGAAAAGAUGCGGGCACUCGUUGCUAUUCCACGAUUCCCUGGGGGGGGAGCACGAAAGACUGAAGUGGCUGGUAAAGAUAAUGUAGUGCUGGAAGGAGGUGGAGAGGAAAGUGAUGAGCGAUUAUCUGAUAUGGAUAGUUUCUUGAAUGAUGAACUAGGCAGUGAAUUUGAUGAUGAUGAUGAUGAUGAUGAUGAUGAUUGGAGUGAUGAAGAGGAUGAUUUGCCGCCAGAUUUUGAUGAUGGUGAAAGUCUAAGUUUUGAGGAAAGCAAAUCACAAUCACAUAAUAUCUCAAAACUGACACAAGAUAAAGUUCUUGUUCCCGAGUUUCCAGAUGGAAGACCUAGAGAACAGUGGUGAAAGUGUCUUGGCAUUUGUUUUAAACCUUAUUUAUGAAUAAAAAUGGCACUGAUGGUCUUGUACGUUGUAUUUCAUUCACUGGAAUCUAGAGUAUGGAUAAUAUCUUAAGUUAACUCAUCAUGCAUUUAAUGUUUUGAAUCAGAUAUAGAAUUUCUUGGCAGCAUUUUCUGUA